GAGGGGCCGGGCCGAGGAGGGGCAGCGCGGCCCGGCGGGGCUGGGGCUGAGGCGAGCCGGCCGGCGGGCAGGGGAAGGCUGGCGCCCUGCGGCGGGCGCUCGCAGGUCAGGAGGCGGCUGCGCCGGUGGCUCCCCGCGUUCCUGGCGCUGGGCUGCUGGGCGCCCCACGCCAUGUUCUCGGUGCUCUCCUAUGGCAGGCUGGUGGCCCGGGCAGUCCUGGGCGGCCUCUCGCAGACGGACUCCCGCGACUACAGCUUGGUGACAGCCAGCUGUGGCUUCGGCAAAGAUUUCCGCAAGGGCAUCCUCAAGAAAGGCAUGUGCUAUGGGGACGACGCCUGCUUCGUGGCCCGGCACCGGUCGGCAGAUGUGCUGGGGGUAGCAGAUGGUGUAGGUGGCUGGAGAGACUAUGGGGUUGACCCUUCUCAGUUCUCAGGGACUCUAAUGCGAACAUGUGAACGUUUAGUAAAAGAAGGACGGUUUGUACCAAGUAAUCCUGUUGGGAUUCUCACCGCAGGUUAUUGUGAGCUGCUGCAGAACAAAGUACCUUUGCUUGGAAGCAGUACUGCUUGUAUAGUAGUUCUGGACAGAACAAGUCAUCGUUUACAUACAGCCAACUUGGGAGAUUCUGGAUUUUUGGUAGUCAGAGGAGGAGAAGUAGUACAUCGAUCUGAUGAGCAGCAGCAUUACUUCAACACUCCGUUCCAGCUGUCAAUAGCUCCACCAGAAGCAGAAGGGGUUGUCUUAAGUGACAGCCCCGAUGCUGCUGAUAGUACCUCUUUUGAUGUCCAGCUGGGAGACAUUAUUUUGACUGCCACAGACGGACUGUUUGACAACAUGCCUGACUACAUGAUUCUGCAGGAGUUAAAAAAGCUGAAGAACUCCAACUAUGAGAGUAUACAGCAGACUGCAAGAAGCAUCGCUGAGCAAGCUCAUGAGCUGGCAUAUGAUCCCACUUACAUGUCGCCGUUUGCACAGUUUGCAUGUGACAAUGGAUUGAAUGUGAGAGGGGGAAAACCAGAUGACAUCACCGUCCUUCUUUCUAUUGUAGCCGAGUACACAGACUGAUCUGCCUGGAGUGUCAGCUUCUGACUAUUUCGUUCCCCCUGAGCUCCUAGCUUCACAUGUACGGUUUCCUGCUGGCAGGAUUGCUUUCUUCCUUUGCGGCUGCUCACAGCAGCCGGUUCUCGAGCUCGUUGCCUGUCUUGAGAUGCAGCUGAAGUCCUUGUUAAGAACCACUCUUGUAGUACACUGGUCUUUGUCUGCCAGCAAGAAAUGAAGAAGCUCAAGGCUUGAAGCAUGUCUUUCAGAGCUUAGUCGUUGUCCUUAAAAGGGGGAGGAUCAAUCCCACGUUGUUACUGCAUUUGAAAUGUGACUUUCAAAAGAGUAGAAUUGGUUUCUCAUCUUUCAAACUAGAUCCAAUAGGUAGAACCUCUCCGCGAGGGCAUAUUAAUCUAUUUACUAGAAGCGUUCACUAUUCAUCAAAAGGGUAUGUUACAAAACACAGUUUCAUAAGCAUAGUCUUGUUACAGUGAUAGCUGAGGUUUCGUGUUUCUAAGCUCCAGUUUUCAGGAGGUUUAUAACUGCUGUAAACAUUCUGCUCUUGCCAUACAUGGUGUCAGCCUAGGAGCCUUUUCUAGUACGAGAUUUCAAAAAACAUACUUAGUUCAAGUUAUAUGGAUGCAAAUGUGUUUUGUGAUUUCAGGUGCUUAACUGUGAUCUUAAAAAGUUCUGCAGAUCAUUCGUCCAUAAUGGGCCUGGUAUCUGGAUGUUUUGGCUGUGGAUAAUUAAUUUUAUUUUUUAUUUUUAAAACAAAAAUUCAGUCUCAAAAAGCCGAGCUGGCCAAAGUUGAGGUCCUUUCAGCAUUUUAACCCACCUCACCAGCAUGGGAUGAUGUGGCGCAGAUGCCACGGCAGGAGGUUGCACAAGGAACGCAUCAUCCUCAACUCUGAACGUCUUCACUUUUGGUAGAUAAUUCUGUCAUUAACAAAACGUAAUUUGUGUUAAUGAUUGCCAUUCUCGCUUGUGUAGAACAGAAUAUGCUGCACCAGUUGAAGUCCAGUCGAUCCUUAUCUUAUGCUGUGGCAGCAGCAGUAAGUACGGAAAUGGAAACUAUUAAUGAAUAAUCAGCAAAACUUACAUUUCAGUAACUAAAGUUUAGGGUUUUCGGAAUGAACCUUAAUGAUGUUUACAGUUAUCUAACAGCCACUUUGCAAUAUGACAUUUCCUUUUGAAUUAGAGUAGCUCACAUUUGUUCCCCUUCUUCCAGCAAGCUUUCCUUUUUCUUUCCUGAGGUUCAUACAAAAAGCUGAUACAUGUAAAGAUAUAUAUAUUUUUGGUCAGUUUUUCAUUAACUUUUUUGCUGGUAGAAAAGUAUGUAGAAAUAAAUUAAAGCCAUGUUUUUAUAUAUAAAAAGUCGGGUAAUGUUGCUGUUUAGGUGAGUGCAGUUAAACUUGGUCAGUAAGUAAUCUUACCUGCUCUCAAAAGGAGAUUUUUACUACCUGGUUUAUUGUAUUAAAACUGUUUAAGUUUGAGGUUACCUCAACUUGUUUAAAGAAUUUUUGUGGACUUGUACUGUAUAUUUGCGUAACUAUGUCAAGCUUUUAUUUAAGGUCAUUUAACAUGUACCAUGUACAUGUCAUUUUACUAUAUUUCAAUGCAUCAUGCUUGUAACAGGCAUUUCAUUUAUAAUAAGUGAUUAAUUUGGAAGCUCUUCAGUAAUUUAUCUGCUAUUCCUAAAUUGGCAUAAUGUUAGCUAUCUAUUUUAAAUCACCUUGUAAUUACUUGUCAAAAUGCCUUAACUACCCUAACUUGACCAAAAUAUUAUUUUGGUGAGGGUAUGGGGAGGAUGAUAUUAAUGAAGAAAAAAUUUAAUGAGUUUUGCGAUACAUGGAACAGUGAGUGGUGGAUAACUUUGCACAAACUGUCAGUCCUCGUUGUUUUUUACAGUUGAACAAGCUGUACCUAGCUGUCUCGUUAGGAGGAAUGUAUUCACGCUGCAGUACAGGGCUUUGUUUCUAGCAUUUGGGAGGGGCCUUUCCCUCUCAGAUCUGGGUGUCUUUACAUUUUAUUCUCCAGUAUUUAACUCUCACGCUUCUUGAUUAGAGCAGAUUUGAUCAAUUAUUAUUUCCCUUGAGCUUACCUUAAAAUGAUGCCCCUGUAGACCUGGGCUGUGUUGCACUCUGACCCCUUGUUCUCAGCACACUCACCCCCCCCCCCCCCCAGCACCAUCCAUGGGGAGCCGCAUGCGGCUCAGCCAGGCGAGUACAGCAAAGGUGCUUACCCCCUGCGGGGCAUCGUGCAUGCUGUGCCACUGCUGGGCCGGGGUCUGGAACCCCCUGAGCGCAGAGGCUUGGGUGCAGGGCCAAGCCUCGCGCUCUCUGCUAAACCCGUUCUAUCUGCAAAGCCAUUUGCCUCAUAUCAUGAUUUUUUUUUUAAAUAAAGAACAAAUUUGGAUUUUGAUUUACCAGUCAUGAGUUUAGCCCUCACCGGACACACCAAAGACCAGUAAAGCUUAUAGCUUUUCCAUCUGUUUAUGAAGCAAUACUGUAUUAUAAAGAAUUGAUAUUUUUGUCACAUGCUUGAUUGUUUGGGGGUUUGGUGUUUUUGUUUUUUGGUUUUUGGUUUUUUGUGUUUUUUUUAAGAUGUGCACUCUAAACAUAUCAAACCUGAUUUCUUCCUAUGAACUUAAGCUGUCUGCGCACAACAGAUUUUUGGAAGAGGAAAUGACAGGGCCCAGCCUAUCAAAAUAAUUUUAAAUGAUGCAUGAAGCAGUAACACUUCCUAGGAAUUAGAUUAUUGUGACUCUUCACAAGAGGAACAUGCAAGAAGGGUGUUCCAUGAAAUGGAAGCAUGCGUGAGCAGAGCACGGGCUGACUUGCAGCUGCUGCAGAGGGUUGUUGUUGGUUAUCAGGAGCUGGUGGUUUGGGAGCAGUGAUUUGAAGGAAGAGGAGAAGGUUUUUUACACCAGUAACCACGUAACUUCAUGGGACUGGCAGGAGCUGGGAUUUCUGCAGCAGUGUUACCAGUUAUUUGGGUAAAACAGGGCUGAGAUGUGGUGAAUUGGAAAAACUCUGUGGUUCCUUGCUACUUUUAUGGCUAUCUUUGGGAGACCUGCACCAUACAGUUUCCCUCUAAAUGUACUUUCUUUGUGUUUAUGGAGAAGGGUUUUUUUCAGCCAUACCAAAAAACAGAUCUUGGGACCAGACAGUUCUGAGUGAAGGAGAAGGAAGAGGCAAAGGUCUGGCAAAUAAUGUGAAGGAUUUUGUGGUGGAAUCUCCAUCUCUUGGUAGUGGACAACUUUUCUCUGGGGGGUGGGAGGUUAGGGGGAAACAACAAAACAGAUUGUGUGUGUAGAAGCUGACUGUAUGAAGUAGUUUCUUACAAAGAUAGCUGAAAUAAUGAAGCAAAUCUGAGUCUGUAUCUAAUGAGGAUGCUUUUUUGUUGUUGUUAAAAUGAGACUAUCAUCUAUGCUUACCUAAGAGGCAAUUAUGUGAAUUUCAUGUCUGAGGUAUAACUUAUGCAGGAAUAGUUCUGUAAAUACAUUUAAAUGAAUUGUAAAGAUAUUUAAUAAAUAUAGUAUUUAUACUAAAAUGUGCUUUUUAAAGUAAAGUUGACUGCAAAACCUGUCUGUUAAUGCAGUGAUGUCACUGGUGGCUCAGAGGUGCACAGCCACUGUAACUUGGGAUGUUGGGCUUUUGUUUAGACUUUCCUACACCAUUCUCAAAUCUGUGUUUGAAUGACACUGUAAAACUCAUCUGUACCGGUCUGGAGGCUCAGUGAAAUGCUAGUGCUGCAGCAUUUCUGUAAAAAUACCAGCUAUUCCAUACCAGUAAUGUGUUUGGCUGUGCCAGCAGUGAUGGGUUAAUUUUUCUAGCAUUCAUUAACAUUGCAACAGCAGCUUAAUUUGCCUGGAGUGGUAAUGCAAUUUGUGUUCUCCAGUGAGAAGGUAGUGGAGAGCUGAACAGCCAGAGCAGUGUAGCUACAGAAAGCAUAACACACAAUUCUCAAGCUAGUCAAUCAUGACCUAAAUUUAAUUACAUUGUGACAGCAGCUAACAGUUCUAGAGUGACCGGUGCUGGUGGUUAACAUAAACAGUGAAUAAACACUUAACCUGCACUGACAGAGCAGGAACUGCUACAACACUCAGUACAGAAUUGAGUUUUGUCCUUUUCCUGUAUCUGUCUUGCAAACCCCCCCCCCC